GUCAGCCAAUUACAUGGUCGCAAUUCAACGAGGAGGAUGAUAAACGAGGUGUAUCUUGCACAUGGUUCAAAUUGAAUCACGUCAAACACGGUCAGACCCACGGUUAUGUCGGUCUUUGCAUCAAAAUUUCCCCCCGCCUAACAGCCCCGCGUUUUGUGUCGGCCCGACUUCUAUCGACUUUCCGACACCGAAAACAUAUAACAGCUUCUGAUCCAUACUCGAUCCAUAUUGAAAGAUACGAAUUUGUCUUGAAAAAUUGUAUCAACAUGUCUGAACGUUUCAAACCCAAGGUUCCUGUUCAACUCGAUCCCCCCAAGGAUGAUCCAAUUACCGUGGAGGAAUUGGCAAAGUGCGACGGUACGGAUCCCAACCGUCCGACUUGGGUCGCCAUCAAGGGUAUCGUUUUCGACGUAUCCAAAAACUCAGCCUAUGGCCCAGAUGGUUCGUAUCGUGUCUUCGCAGGAAAAGACCCUUCUCGAGCUCUGGCCUGUUCGUCUCUGAAACCGGAGGACUGUAGACCAGAUUGGUACGAUCUCGAAGAUAAGGAAAAGACGGUUUUAGAUGAGUGGUUCACGUUCUUCAGCAAUAGGUAUAAUAUUGUUGGAAAGGUGAAAGACGCUACAAACUACUGAUGCUAGGGGCAAGUGGGUGAUGCGGAAUCAGCUAUCUUUACGCCUUGGAAUAGGUACUAUACCCAUGGGAUUUGAGCUAUUUUGAUUUCAGAUGUU